GGUCGUUUCCAAGUCCUCCUCGCCCUGCUGCGUCUCUCCCACGCCGCCGCCGCGCCGAGCCAUCGCCACCAUGGUCACUCAGGGCAUCACUUGAAAAAUGUGACCGUGCGCGUCCGCGCUUGCGACGCGCCAAUUAAAAUUGCGAAUCUGGGCUACCUCGGCCCAACAAAAAUGAAUCACCUCGACUAUUUCGCGCGGGCCUACGCCCAGCCGCGCUACCGGUCGGCAGCGGCACCGUCGGCCGGCGCUUACGACCUCGACUACGUGCCCUGGAAUUGCCUCACGGAGCUCGCGCGGGCGACGUGCCCGGGCGGGCCGGCGCUCGGGAGCUUCAGCGUACUGCCGUUCACGGUCUACGGCAAAAAACAGCCCAAGGUCACGCACAAUUCCAAAAUCGCGGCGCUCCGCGAGACGCUGUGCCCCGGCGCGAAAGUCGACCCCGGGCGCUUCGCCCUGCUCGGCACGGAGCUGCCGACGCGCAAGGUCACGUCAAAGGGCUACGCGGAGAUCUGGGACCGCUUCCCGUACGCGAGCCUCAAAUUCACGGUGCCGCGGCCGGCCGUCGGGCACCACGCUCUCGUGAACGGCGUUUGUGUGACGCGGCCCGCGGCGCCGCGGCCCGGCGAAUCGCGGCGAUUUCUGGCCGCGUUCAUGGGCCUGCCCCGCUCGGCUUUCGGGGGCCUGCGCGACCGCCUCGUCCGCGAGUGCGAAGGAGCCGCGGACUGCGCGACGACGACGACGGGCUUCGCCGCGCACCACAAGCCCGACCCCGUCACCACGUACGGCAACGCGACGUUCGCGCUCCAGCCCUGGGGCGACACAGCCACGCGGAAAGGGUUCUGGGACGCGCUCGCCGUCGGCGCCGUCAACGUCGUCUUCGCGCCGCGCGGCGACAGGGUGCCCUACGGCAUGUACGCCGACGAGUUCGUUGGGCGGCACGAGACUUUUACGAUUACUAUUCCCGAAAGCGUCUGGAGCACCGGAGGGACGCUCGCCUACCUCCGCAACAUCCCUUCAUCUCGCAUCCUCGAGCUGCAGCGGGGCGCGUUACGGGCGCGGGCGCGCGCCAUGUACACGACGGCGGGCGACUGCCGCGACGCGAACUUCGCCAUCGCGUCUGUUCUCGCGGAGCGGUUCCGCGCGCACCAGGCGAAGAAGACGGGAUUUUAA